UGAAAAUGCCCACACAGUGCCAGUAAAUAAUUUUAAAAUUAGCCUUCUGAGUGGUGACCUUGAUGCAAUUGAGAGAAUUGCUUAUGAGUUCUGUGAAGAUGAAGCCAAGAACGGAGUAGCUUAUGUUGAAGCUCGAUACUGUCCACAUUUUUGGCUGGGCACAACAGACUUCCAUGGGAAAUUAAAAGAACUGGGAGAGGUUGUGAGUGCUGUAAAUCGUGGUUUUCAGCGUGGUGAGAAUGACUUUGGUGUCAAAGCAAAUACUAUUCUCUCUGCACUCAAUGGUACUGGCACAAUAAAGGAUAUCGUGGAGCUAUGCAAGAAGUUUAAAGGAGAUGGUGUUGUUGGAUUGGACAUAGCAAUGAAUGCAAAUGACAAAUCAGAAACUUACGUUGAAGUACCAUUAAACCAAGAAGAGAUUGGUGCAUAUGAAGAGGCCAGGAAAUCUGGAAUUCACAGAACACUGCAUGCUGGUGAAGCUGGUGGGGCUGAAAUGGUACAAAGGGCCCUGGAUGUAUACCACACAGAGCGUGUGGGACAUGGUUAUCGUGUGGUUGAAAAUGAAGCUAUUUACAGCAGUUGUAAAGAAAAAAGAGUACAUUUUGAGACCUGUCCUUGGUCAAGUUAUCUUACUGGAACAGUCCCAUUGGGUGUAAGGAAGCACCCAAUUGUCAGAUUUGCUGAAGAUGGUGUUAACUUCUCUCUCAAUUCUGAUGAUCCCACACUAACCGGAAGAACGCUAAGAGAUGACUAUGCUCUUGCAGCUAGUUGGGGUCUUACUGAGGCCCACGCUAUUCGUGCAAAUUUAAAUGCAGCCCACGCAUGCUUUCUGCCAGAUAAUGAGAAAGCCCAGCUAAUUAAGAAGAUCUACAAAGAACUAAACAUAAGUGACUAAAUUAUAUUUAAAAUGUUGUUGGUGACUUCUGAUAUAUUAACUUUAAUAAUUAAUUAUGUAAAGUGGAAUUACCACUCUGGAUUGGAAUCACAUUGCUUGACAUUGAUACAAUGACUUGCUUCCCCUUUCUUCUUUUCUUUUCCAGUGCUUCACUUCUCAAAGAAAUAGCAUAUUGUUCCAGAAGAGAAAAAAUUAAAAUAAAAUAAUUAAGUGAGUAAAGACAGUUUCAUAAAAUAACAGUUCUGAGCAACUGUAGAUAGGAACAUAUGUUAAGAAUGUCAGCUACAUGGUGCUUGGUUGUUUUUGUGAAUAAUACCGUCUAGAUUCUAGAUUGUUUAAUGUGUUUUGAUUUAUUAUUACAUUUUAGCUACUGCGCCAUUUCUGACUAGGUUUUAUCGCAACUGACUCUAAAAAAAAUGGAAAUGAUCAUAUGGCAUUGUUGGCCAGGAGGCCCCAUUCGGGGGAGUUUGGCUGCUGUAUUGCAAGUCCUUUUUAGGUGAUACCACAUCGGCAUCUUACAAGUCAAUGA